AUCUAACAACAAGUUAUUUCGUUACGUGAAGAGUUUGAACCCACUGACGACCGAAUUCCAAUGGAAAGAAGUUAUACCUUCAGAACACCGGAACGAAAUAAUUUCCAUAAACCACUGUGACCCUACUUCUGGACACUUCGGUAUUUUUAAAACUUACAAACGUCUCUGCUUAAAAUAUUUUUGGCCUAAUAUGCAUCGCGACGUAACUAACUUUAUAAAUAAUUGUGACACUUGUCUGUCUCACAAACAAGCCAAUCAUGCUACACUUGGUGUGAUGGGCCGUCCUAAAGACUGCUCCAGGCCGUUCCAAAUGAUUAGCAUGGAUCUUGUUGGACCACUACCUCCAACAAGAAGACAAAAUGCAUAUUUGUUUGUCGUGACCUGCUGUUUUUCGAAAUUUACCCUAAUUUUUCCUAUUCGGCGUGCUACCUCUGAUAUAAUUUGUAAAAUUCUCGAAGAGCAAGUUUUCUUAGUUCAUGGAGUACCUAGUACCGUGUUAAUGGACAAUGGCAAACAAUUCAUAAGUAAUACCUUAAAACAACUAUAUACAACUUAUAAAAUUCCUAACGUUCAGUACUGCCCAAAAUACACUGCCCAAGUAAACUCUGUAGAACGUUACAAUAAGACUAUAAUGAUUGCAGUAUCAAGUUACAUCGAGAAUGACCAUCGAUUAUGGGAUGUUAAUAUUCCUAAAAUUCAGUUCGCUCUAAAUAAUUCGGUGAAUGAGGUAACAGGAUAUACCCCAUCCUUUCUUGUGUUUGGUCGAGAACUUAUAAGUUGCGGAUCUCAUUAUCUUGACGUAGAUUCUGUCGACGAUUUAAUAUUUACUCCUCGGGAUAGGUAUGCUGAAAAUUUAGGAACACUUCGAAAAAUAUUUGAAAAAGUACAACUAUCUCUAAUUAAAGCACAUUCAAGAAACUGUGGUUAUUAUAAUUUACGGCGUUGGCAUGUCGAAUUUAACGUGGGUGACACAGUUUGGAAGCGGACGUAUUACCAAAGUGACAAAAAGGAUAAAUUUUGUAAAAAAUUAGCUCCCAAAUUUAUAAAAUGUCGUGUAAUAGCUAAGAAAUCACCUCUUGUUUAUGAUUUGGAAGACAUGCAAGGAAAUAAUCUAGGAACAUGGCAUGUAAAGGACAUCAAAAUUACUAACUAUUCCGACAAAAAUACAUAACUGAAUAUAUUAAAAUGGAAAUUACAUUACCCACCUAUCACUAAUACUACCGCUAAUUGGAUUUAUUAAUUAUUAAUACUGCGUUUGAAUCAAACUAUUACUCAAUUACUAUACUGUUCUAUCUACCUACUCUAUCUAUCUACUAUAUUUGUAGGUUAUAUACCUUGGAUAAUUACCUACAAAGCUGUAACAACUUGUCACAAUUCAUACAUAAUUUAGAGUGCCAGGUCCUACACCGGUGGUAAUCUAAAUCCUAAAUAUUUUUAGCUCUACGCUUAAGAUAUAACUAAGAGAAUUUAACGGAUAGUAAAUAAAGUAAAAUGAUUCAUCUAACAUCUUAUAAUGGUUAUGUGUGAGUGUUGUGCUGCGGUAUAGAGCAGAAUACUUAGAACACUAGGUUGCAGUAACUUACAACUAAUAAGUAAGCUACUGUUUGUUUGAAUGUUGAUGGAAGAAAGGCAGUAGCAGAUGAAGAAUGGAAGUAAAGACUGACAGGUUAUCACGUAGCUAUUGAGACUAUACGAUUAUUAAUGGUCCAGUUUAAAUAAAAACAGUCAGUGGAUUUUUAUAGGAAAAAUCCUACGUAAAAAAGGGGGGUAUGUAACGCCUGUCAAUUAUUUCAUAGCAAGACGUAUAAAACAUCUCAGUCGGCAAUUUUGAGUAGGAGCAAAAAUAUAAAAUAAUAAUGAUCUAAAUCUAAUAAAUAAAUAAAUUAUCUAAUACUCUUAAAUAAAUAUAAAAAAAACAAUACUAAAUUAAAAACUUAUUAAAACUAAACUAUAUCUAUUAAACUUAUAAUAAAACGUUAUGUUGAUGCUAUAGUGUGAAGUACGCUACGAGUGACACCGCCGUCCGCCGCAAACUUCAUUCGUGACGCGACAUUUUUCACUUUGCAACCGUUCGUUUGACUAAAGAACGUGGCUGUUAUCUAAUUUUGAAAAAUAUGUGAAUAUUUUAUACUACGUUGUGUAAUUUCAUCUAAUUCUUUGGUUUAACCCCACCUUGGGGAUCUCCUACCUACUGCGAGCUCUCCUACCUACUGCGAGCUCUCCUACCUAUUGCGAGCUCUUCUACCUACCGCGAGCUGUUCUACCUACCGCGAGCUCUCCUACCUACCGCGAGCUGUCCUGCCUACCGCGAGCUCUUCUACCUGCCUCGAGCUCUGCUACUUCUCCAAGCUACGCAGCGGACAGGGAAGUGAUAUUCGGAAAUUACUCAACACAGCACAGACCCCUCACCCUGAGAUCUAUUUAUAUAU